AGUAGGUACCUACUGCAAGCUAGAAAGGUAAGCGACAAAAAGCUUGAAUUAUUGACAACCAACAAUUGGUCUGAAGUGCUGCUAUUUGUCUCAAAGCGGACGGAACAAGGAAACAAAAAGUCGAAAGCGGAAUCGAGACCUUGGUAAAACAUGACCCGAUGACGUUUUUUGGUGGGCUGCACUCUAAUUGAGUAUGGCGGGGGCGCUUGGUAAGGCACAUUUUGAAUUUGCCCCGUCACUGCCGGCAGUGACAGAUCAGUGCGGUACGAAGUACGAACUGGGGCUGGCUUGUUUGUCUGCAGGUCGCAUCAGCCUGCGGCUUUGCCGUAGGUAUUAUCUUACUACUAAUUACUGCAAGAAACCAACCAGAUAUAGCCAGGAUAUAAUUACGCAAUAACCCCCAUUUCAAGAUUAUCUCCAAGCUAAACUGAUCGCCAGCAUCGCAUUCCUAUGACCAACCACAUGGGAGCUUGGGACGCCUCAAAAGAUUAAACCUGGUUGAUCUCGCUGCGCGUGGAGACGUGGGCUGGAAAGGCCGCGUACUCCCGCUAAAAAAAGACCGCUAAGCUACAAGUCUAGCCUUUAAACCCCACCUGACACAGCCAGAGCGUUCACUGAUUGGCAGCAGCUUGUUCGACAUCGCGGCCGAAUACCCGGCUCAUCACCGAGAGCAAGCUCUGUGUUUAGAGAGCCGUUUUCCCACCUUUUUAUUGUGGACUUUUUUUCUGGGACGGUUUCCAAUGCGGUUCGGGACGAACUCAAGCCCAGCGGUUUCUAUGUAACCCCGUUUCCUUCGACGCCAGAACGGUGAACAUUGCAUCUCCGGACUAUCCUCCAUUUCCAGAGGGGUUUUUUUUGGUGUCUUUUGCGCUGCGUAUCUGCUUGCCAUUCGAGCUUACCCCUCCAAUCUUGGCGCUCGUCGAUUCGUCUUGGCAUAUCGCUCUGCCAGGGUCCUGCUCGCUCCCCGUAGCGCUGCGCGAAUCAUCCGGGCUGAGUGCUCCGCACCCUGUGAAAAUCGAUUUGCGAAACACCCGAUAGCUUGAAAAAAAAAACAAUGACAUCAACCACUCCAAAUCCCCCUCCACCCGGGCUCCACGACGCAAACGAUAUAGCUCCGAGGAGCGCUCUGCUCGAGUCGCAAGCUGCGCCCAAACCUGAUGAAGCGCCCUCUGGCCACAGCGAGGAGAACCAAAAGAGCGCCGACAAGGACGACGCCGCCGAGCCGGAACCGCAACAUUCAGGGCGACCCUUACAUACCGCUUCGGAUCUGAAGAACAAGUUUGACGAUAAGAAGAAGAGCUUGGCCGAGAAGAACAACCCCCCAGGCGGCUUUGACAAAACACCCCUCCCCGACUUUCCCCCGGGCUUCACUGUCAAAUUUACCUUCCACAGGGCAUGGAACCUCCCCAUCGCCGACAUCCCGACCGCCGCAGCCGACCCCUUUGUGCACGCGACCCUGAACGCCGACGUACCGAAGCGCCACAAGGAAGACCCGAACUUGAGGCACCGCACCCGCACCGAGCGCAAAACUCUCGAGCCGGCGUGGGAGGAAGAAUGGGUCGUCGCAAACAUCCCCAGGACGGGCUUCCGCCUCAAGUGCCGCCUAUACGAUGAGGACUACCCCGACUCGGACGACAGGCUGGGCAACGUCACGUACAUUUCGCCCAUGAUCGAUGAGAACUGGCCGGGGUUGAAGCGGCAUACUUUUGAGGUCAAGAAACGGUCGGGGAGCAAGCGCGCGUACUUUCUUAAGGCGGCCGAGUCCUUUUUCAACAAGGACUCCCACAUGACACCUUUUCUGGAGUUGAGCAUCGAAGUUCUGGGCCACUCUUCCGCACCAGGAGCGCAGAUGUACACCAUCUCGCCGACCAGGUUCAUCCAGCACUUCAGCCCUAUGAUUGGGCGCCUGACGGGAGUCAAGGUCAACCGUGAGGAAAGCGACGAGCGCAAGUCGCAGGAUCGCCGAGAAUCGGAGAGCAAGAAAGCCCAGAGAUACGACUUCCAAGCAAUCGAGAUGCAACUACAGGGCCCUGUUCCACCAGAGAUGUACCACAGAUAUGUCGAGUUCAAGCGCUUUGUGGGACCAAUGUUCUCGUCGGCAGGUUUGCGGGGGCGCGUUCUGAACAAGGUGCUGCACAAACAGCACCGUCGUGUGUACAACUACGACUCGACGACAAAGUAUGGCAACUUUGAGCCUUGUUCAAAUGAGGCUUCUCUACAGUUCCUUCAGCUGGCACAUUUUGACGAAGGCGGCCGUGUUUUCACAUACGUCCUCACGCUAGAUGGGUUGUUGCGUUUCACAGAGACGGGCAAAGAGUUUGGUAUUGACAUGUUGUCCAAGCACACGAUGCACUCAGACGUGGAGACAUAUAUUGCCUGCUCGGGAGAAUUCUUCAUCCGCAGAAAACACCACAAAUUGGAUAUCUUCAACUCACAUAAGCGGUCACAUUCGGGGACCCAUAACGGGGGCCAGACGAGCAAGGAGGACAGUGAUGAGCAAAAGUCACAGGAUCAACGGCGCGCCGAGGAGCAAGAACGGAGGCACGUGGGUGGUGAGGAAGAGCCUGUGAAGAACUGGGAGAUCCCGGGUAGGAAAGCCUCUUCAAGUGCCGAGGAGGGUGGGGACAAGAAGGAAAAGGGCGAGGGAAAGGAAAACGAGGACAAAAAGGAAACCGAGGAAAAGAAGCCAAAGAGGUCGAGCGAAAGCAAUUCACCACCUCGCGAUCCUCGCAAGUACGAGCUCAUCAUCGACAACGACUCUGGCACCUACCGCCCUGACAAAUCGAUCCUCCCACUCCUGCACCAAUUUCUCGAGUGCAACUUCCCGGACCUCGAAAUCCGCGCCAUGCACUGCGACGACGAUGAGCUCAAGAAGCUCAAGGCGGACCAGCACGAGGCCAAGAAGAAGACGGGCCCGCGCGUGCACAUGGUGUUGAACCGAAGCCCAAGCUCGUCAAGCAUCAGCUCGUCGGACGAGAGCGACCUCUCCAGCCUGGACCAAAGCCUCGAGCACGAGAGCGCAAAGAAGAGCAAGCGGGAGAGGGCCUGGGAUGCGCUCAACGACCCCAAAGGCGGGUUCCAGGAGCUCAAGGGGAGCCUCGCCAGGCGACCCAAAGAUGCUGCUGCUGCUGAGCAGGCGGGGAAAGCUGAAGAGGUCAAGGUGUGAGAUGUGGUGCUGGCCGCCCCUAUUACUAAUGUCUACUAUUACUAUAAAUUGCUUGGCUGAACUUGCUGUCGGGGCGCUUUUUUUCUGCUUUCCUUGGGCUUGUUGCUGCACGCUUUAUUAGUAAUGUUAAAUUUUAUUCGAGAGCUUUUUCCUGAGAUACCUAGCUAUUAAGAUACUUUGUUUGAGACACUUCAAGUUACUCUUUUUCUCGCCGGUCUGACGUGCUCUCUUCUCGUUCAAAAUCCACCGUCUUCCGUCAGAGGACAAGGUAAACUAGAUCCAGUAACCCACGCA